AAGUCGUUCGAUCGUUGGAAUUCAUCUCCCGAAGAUAUAAAAAUGUCGGACCCUGUUUAGGCGUGAACAGAGAAUGAUGUUCUUGAUGACGGCUCUAGAUUCUACGGACCUCUUCCUGACUGCCCUAACCGCCUUUUCCCACCCACCCAGACCCAUACCCCGUCCCCUUGAACUCUCUCUCCCUCCAAUUCCCUCCACAUUCCCCCACUCCAAACUCAUCCCCAGAACCCGUUUCGCCCUCGACGCAUUCCGCUAUGCCGGCGAUUAUUCCGUCUCUUACUUCCUCUCUCACUUCCACUCCGAUCACUACGGCGGUCUCUCCCCCAAUUGGUCCCAAGGCCUCGUCUUUUGCUCCCCCACCACCGCUCGUCUUCUCACAGACGUCCUCAACGUCUCUUCGCUUUUCGUGGUUCCUCUGCCGCUCGGACAGCCCCUUCUCAUCGAUGGAUGCGAGGUCGUGCUUAUUGACGCCAAUCAUUGCCCGGGCGCCGUUCAGUUCUUGUUCAAAGUUCCCGCCUCCAAUGGAGACUUCCAGAGGUAUGUUCACACUGGUGAUUUUCGGUUUUCUGCUCCGAUGAAGCUAGACCCUUUUCUCCGUAACUUUGUGGGUUCAGACGCCGUUUUCUUGGAUACAACUUAUUGCAAUCCCAAAUUCGUGUUUCCUUCACAAGAAGAAUCUGUUGAUUAUAUUUCUAGCUUGAUAGAAAGAGUCGGAGGUGAACACGAAGUUUCUAUGAAAAGUGUUCUGUUCCUUGUUGCUACAUAUGUGAUUGGGAAAGAGAAGAUUUUGAUAGAAAUUGCUCGUAGAUGUAAGCGUAAAGUGUAUGUGGAUGCUCGAAAAAUGGCGGUGCUGCGUGUUUUGGGUUACGGAGACAGUGGGGUGUUUACAGAGGAUGAAUGUGAGAGUGAUGUGCAUGUUGUUGGGUGGAAUGUGUUGGGUGAGACUUGGCCAUAUUUCAGGCCAAAUUUUGUGAAAAUGGAGGAGAUUAUGGUUGAGAGGGGGUAUUCCAGGGUUGUAGGGUUUGUCCCUACUGGCUGGACUUAUGAAGUCAAGCGUAACAAGUUCUCGGUGAGGUCAAAGGAUGCUUUUGAGAUCCAUCUUGUACCCUACAGUGAGCAUUCAAACUAUGAUGAACUUAGAGAAUACGUCAGGUUUUUGAAACCAAAGCGUGUGAUUCCUACAGUGGGCUCCGAUGUGGAAAAGAUAGACAGUAAACAGGCCAGUAAAAUGCAAAAGCAUUUUGCUGGGUUAAUUGAUGAAAUGGCCAACAAAAAAGAGUUCCUGCAGGGUUUUCAUCGUGGGACUACAGAAGGAGGUGGGAAGGUUGACAGUGAUGCCAAAGAUUACACCAUGGAGGGGCAGGAUCAAGAGAAAAAGGCAACACCUUCAGAUAUUGAUACUAUGGGAGAUACUAAUGUAGGCUUUGGUAAGGAAUUGUUGUCUCCUCUCCAAGAACCUGAUUCACAAACUCCAAUAUUGUUAACUGAUGAAAAAGCAGAGGAAAUUAUUCAACAACUUCGUGAUUGUUUGCCGUCAUGGGUCACUCGCCAGCAGAUGCUAGAUCUGAUUGGGAGCUCAGGAGGGGACAUUGUUGAAGCAGUCACUAAAUUUUACGAUCGUGAAACAGAAUUUCAUGAUCAAGGAAUUGCCUCUACAAGUGCCGUAUCUGUAUCCGAGACCAGCUCACUCUGUGACACAGCAUCACCGACAAAAGCAGGUUCUGUUCAUGCAAAUAUUGAUGUUUCUUCAAGCCAAGCUCAUAUUUCACCCAACCCAAGAAAUAUUGUUAAAAGUGGCAUUUCCCCUGGAAAAAGAGGGAGGAAGAUCAGUAAUAAAGUUAACAAGAAAGUAAAGUUACAGUCAAAAUUGAAUUUGUGUGGGCCAAAACAAUCGACAAUAACAAGGUUUUUUAGUAAAGUUUUGCCUGACGUUACAGAAAGUGCAGAGAUUGGAUCAGUAGGUGAACAAAACCCUAAAGAUAAAAAAUUACCAGAUCAUGUCACCCAAUCAUACAAGGAUGCAAUAGAUCAAUUUCUUCAGAUAAUAGAUGGCAAUGAAUCAUUAAAAAGCUAUGCUGGUACCAUUCUUCAAAAGGCAAAUGGGGAUAUUAGUAUGGCUGUGGAUAUACAUUACCGUAAUAAUGAAGGCAGGUCUGAUGAGAAUGAAGUGGAGCUGGUGGUUGAUGCAAAAUCAGUUCAGUCCAAAUGUGGUAUAGAUAACUCUUCUUCUGUCCAAAAAAAAAUUGAAUUAGGGAAAAUAGGAGUGGUAGCUGAUUUGUCUGUACGGGGGUCAUUACCAGAUAACGUCGCUGCAACUUCUGUGUCACUACCACCAGAAAAAUACAAUCCUGUAGAUCAUGCAUGCUGGAGCAAUGGACAACAUGCUCCAUAUUUACAUCUUGCACGAACCUUUGACUUACUAGAGGAUGAAAAAGGCAAGAUAAAGGCUACUUCUAUGCUCUGCAAUAUGUUCAGAAGUUUGCUUGCCCUGUCUCCUGAUGAUGUGCUGCCUUCAGUUUAUUUGUGCACCAAUAAGAUAGCUGCAGACCACGAAAAUGUGGAACUGAACAUUGGUGGAAGUUUGGUCACAGCAGCACUGGAGGACGCAUGUGGGACAAGCAGAUCCAAAAUCAGGGAUAUGUACAAUGAAUUGGGAGAUCUUGGUGAUGUUGCUCAAGCAUGCCGGCAGACACAGACUUUGCUUGCCCCUCCUCCACCACUUCUAAUAAAAGAUGUAUUUUCUGCACUCCGGAAGAUAAGUGUACAAACAGGUACUGGAAGCAGUGCUCGAAAGAGAAGCCUGAUUGUGAAUCUCUUGCGUUCUUGCAGAGAGAAAGAGAUGAAGUUCCUUGUUAGAACUUUGGUUCGAAACUUACGUAUCGGAGCAAUGAUGAAAACUGUCCUACCUGCUCUGGCUCAAGCUGUUGUUCUGAAUUCCUUCCAUAGCUGUAAUCACGAAGGAACUAUAGAAAGUUUGAAGGACAAGCUUCAGCGCCAUUCAGCAGCUGUAGUAGAAGCAUACAAUGUACUGCCCAAUUUGGAUUUGGUCAUUCCUUCUCUCAUGAAAAGAGGCAUUGGAUUCUCCUCAUCAACUUUGUCAAUGGUUCCAGGAAUACCUAUCAAGCCAAUGCUUGCAAGAAUCACAAAUGGUGUUCAGCAAGCACUGAAGCUAUUUGAAAAUAAAGCUUUUACAUGUGAAUACAAAUAUGAUGGCCAGCGUGCACAAAUUCAUAAACUAGUUGAUGGGUCCAUGCAUGUUUUUACAAGAAAUGGGGAUGAGUCAACUUCGAGAUUUCCAGAUCUGAUUAAUAUAAUCAAUCAAUCUUGUAAACCCGAUGCAGUGACUUUCAUACUGGAUGCAGAGGUUGUUGGAGUUGAUAGGAAGAAUGGUUGCAAGCUAAUGUCCUUCCAAGAAUUAUCUUCACGUGGGAGAGGGAGCAGAGAUGCAUCAAUAACGUUGGAUAGCAUAAAGGUCAACAUUUGCGUCUUUGUCUUCGACAUCAUGUUUGCCAAUGGACAACAGUUGUUAAGCUUUCCUCUGCGGAGAAGGCGAAAGUAUUUGAAAGAGUUGUUCUACGAUGAGAAGUUGGGUUACUUUGAAUAUGCCAAGGAAAUGACAGUUGAGGCAGAGGAUGCUUGUUUAACCAGUGAAGCGACAUUAACCAAAAUAAACUCUUUCCUUGAAAAUGCAUUUGUUUCCUCUUGUGAAGGGAUUAUAGUUAAAUCUUUAGAUGUUGAUGCUGGAUAUUCUCCAUCAAAGCGUACAGAUACUUGGUUAAAGGUCAAGCGAGACUACAUGGAGGGAUUGGGCGAUACUCUUGAUUUAGUCCCAAUUGGAGCUUGGCAUGGAAACGGGAGAAAGGCAGGCUGGUACAGUCCAUUUCUCAUGGCAUGUUACAAUCCUGAAACUGAAGAAUUUCAAAGCGUCUGUCGUGUUAUGUCUGGGUUUUCAGAUUUAUUUUAUACAGAGAUGAAAAGUUUUUAUUCUGGGGACAAGAUCUUGGCCAAAAAACCUCCUUAUUAUAGAACAGCUGAGGUGCCUGAUUUGUGGUUUUCUCCUGAGCUUGUAUGGGAAAUAAGAGGUGCAGACUUUACAGUGUCUCCAGUUCACCAGGCUGCUUUAGGUCUAGUUCAUCCAUCACGUGGCAUUUCCAUUCGAUUCCCAAGAUACAUUCGCACUGUGACUGAUAGAAAACCAGAUGAAUGUAGCACAGCUUCUGAUUUAGCUGAAAUGUUUCAUUCUCAGACGAGGAAGAUGGAUGUGGCUUCUGAAGAUGGCAGCUGAGGAUCAAAAGAUUUUUGUGACUGUAAAUUUACUGCUUUCACUCCCAUGUUUUCUAAUGUUUUCUAAUGUACAUUUAGGGUAGGAAAGAAUGUGUUUCGAAUGUAUAACUUGAACAAUUUGGGAUUUCAUUAUCCCUUUUGUUCCUGGGCUUCUUUUGUAAAUAUAGCCUCGGGGUUUCUCCA